UGCAGCCGCCGGGCAGGAUGCGCCCGGCCCCGGCCGCCCGGCGGCUCCCACUGCUGUGACAGCCGAGCUCAGACCCACAGCACAGACCGAAGGAGGGGCUGGACCCGGUCCCUGCAUCCCCAUCUGCUCCCCGGCCAUGGGCAGCCACGAGAAGGAUGCGUCCUCCCCAAGAAGGGCCCUGUCGCGCUCCAACAGCACCGUGUCUUCCAAGCAGAGCAGCAUCCAGCAGGGUUCUGAGAGCUGGGAGGUGGUGGAGGAGCCUCGUGCACGGAGCAGCCCGGGCACGGAGCCGCAGCGGCACGAGGGGUAUCUGCUCAAGAAGAGGAAAUGGCCCCUGAAGGGCUGGCACAAGAGGUACUUUGUGCUGGAAAACGGCAUCCUGAAAUACGCCACCACACGCCAGGAUGUCCUCAAGGGCAAACUGCAUGGUGCCAUCGAUGUCCGUCUGGCCGUCAUGUCUGUCAACAAGAAGGCACAGAGGGUUGACCUGGACACGGAGGAGAACAUCUACCACCUCAAGAUCAAGUCCCCAGAGCUCUUCUCCAGCUGGGUGAGCAGCCUCUGCUCCCAUCACCAGGGCGAGAAGAGGGGGCCCGCAGGGACCAACACACAGGGCCAGUGGACAAGGAUCCUGCCCUCGGGCAGUGCUCCUGCCCUCUCCACCCUGGCCAGCUCCCGGGACAAGGUGAAUGCCUGGCUGAAGGACAGCGAGGGGCUGGAGCGCUGCUCGGCCGAGCUGGUGGAAUGCCAGGCGAAGCUGCAGGAGCUGAUGGGAAUGCUGCAGAGCCUGGAGGCGCUGCACCGCAUCCCCUCGGCACCCCUCAUCUCCAGCACCCAGCCUUCAGCCGCCACAGAGAGGCCAAAGAAAGGCAGAAGGAGCACCAGGAUCUGGUGCACUCAGAGCUUUGCCAAAGACGACACCAUUGGCAGGGUGGGCCGCCUGCAUGGCUCCGUCCCCAACCUCUCGCGCUACCUGGAGCCAUCCCAGAGCCAGCUUCCCUUCAGCCUCCCCCCGGAGUACACACAGCUACAGAGGAGCUUCUGGGCGCUGGCACAGAAAGUGCACGGCUCGCUCAGCAGUGUGGUGACGGCGCUGACGGUGGAGAGGGCCCGUCUGGAGGAGCUGCGGCUGGCGCUGGACCGGCGGCGCUCAGCACCGCGCCCCGGCAGCGCCGGCAACACCGGGGCUGCCCUGCGCCGCUUCCACUCCCUCUCCGUCUCCUCUGACGCCACCAUGGACUCCUUCGCGUCGCUGCUCCCCGAUGAGCCGGACACGCUGCCAGCCAAGGGCCGGGAGCAGCAGCUCUCCAACCGCAGCAUCGUGUCUCUGGCUGAUUCCCACACCGAGUUCUUCGAUGCCUGUGAGGUUUUCCUCUCCGCCAGCUCCUCUGAGAACGAGCCUUCGGACGAUGAAUCCUGCAUCAGCGAGGCCACCACCAGCGCCUGCGAGGACGCGGCCGAGCCCCCGACAGGCGCGGAGGGCCCGGGGGUACCCGCGGAGCCGCCGCCGGUGGAGCUGCCGGGUCCGGACCCGCAGCGGAGGAGCCGCCUGCCCGCACCGCCCGCCCCGUCGGGGGACGUGAGCCUAUGGGGGCUGCUGCGGAGCAGUGUGGGCAAGGACCUGUCCCGGGUGGCGCUGCCCGUGCAGCUCAAUGAGCCCCUCAAUACACUCCAGCGGCUCUGCGAGGAGCUCGAGUACAGCUCACUCCUGGACCGCGCCAGCCGUGCCCGAGACCCGCGGCAGCGCCUGGUCUAUGUGGCUGCCUUCGCCGUGUCUGCCUAUGCCUCCACCUACUACCGGGCGGGCAGCAAACCCUUCAACCCAGUGCUGGGAGAGACCUAUGAGUGUGUGAGGCCCGACCGCGGCUUCCGCUUCAUCAGCGAGCAGGUCUGCCACCACCCUCCCAUCUCCGCCUGCCACGCUGAGUCCGACAACUUCAUCUUCUGGCAAGACAUGAGGUGGAAGAAUAAGUUCUGGGGCAAGUCCCUGGAGAUCGUCCCUGUGGGCACCGUCAACGUGCAGCUGCCACGGACCGGGGACCACUUCCAAUGGAACAAGGUGACCACGUGCAUCCACAACGUGCUGAGCGGCCCGCGCUGGAUCGAGCACUAUGGCGAGGUGCUGAUCCGCAACACACGGGAUGCUGCCUACCACUGCAAGAUCACCUUCGGCAAGGCUCGGUACUGGGGCGCAGGGACCAACGAGGUGCAGGGUUUGGUGCUGAGCCGCAGCGGGGCCGUGGUGGAGCGCCUGGCCGGGAAGUGGCACGAGGGGCUGCACCGGGGGCCGGCACCAGGACACUGCAUCUGGAGGGCCAACCCCAUGCCCCGUGACCAUGAGAAGAACUACGGCUUCACCCAGUUCGCCCUGGAGCUGAACGAGCUGACGCCGGAGCUGCGCCGAGUCCUGCCCUCCACUGACACCCGCCUGCGGCCGGACCAGCGGUACCUGGAGGAAGGCAACGUCCCGGCGGCUGAGACACAGAAGCGCCAGAUCGAGCAGCUGCAGCGGGACCGGCGCCGGGUGAUGGAGGAGAACAACAUCACACACCAGGCUCGCUUCUUCAGACGGCUGAUGGAUGCUAAUGGCAAGGAGUCGUGGGUCACCAACAACACCUAUUGGAAGCUGCGUCUGGAUCCCGGCUUUGCCCACCUGGACAGCGCGGUGCUCUGGUAGUGACCCCCACAAUGGGGUGCUGAGCCCCCUCCAGGCUCAUCACAGCAGUGGGGCUGGUCCCCCCAGUAAAGGGGGUGUGGAGCCACCCCCCAAGCCUGGGGCAGAGCCUCAGGGCUGGCUGGGUCUCAAUGGGGCAGGGGCUGGCAGUGCCCCCCCUGCCCUGGGGGUCCUUGGCUCGCUGGGGGGAGCAGGCAGCAGGGGGUUGUGGGGUGCCCGCGGGCGGGCAGACCCCUCUGGCCCCCCAAGGGUUGCUCCAAUAAAGGCUGU